AUGGCCACUGAGAAUGCAAAUUUAGAGCAAAAAGCGGACGGAACAGAUUCACCGCAGUGGCUUGCACUAGUUUCUGGAACGAAUCUUGCGAUUACUGCGCCAUUUAUGGAUGGUGGUUAUGGUGGUGAGUUAAGAAUGCCAUCGCAACACGGUUUGACCGAUGAACGUCUGAAGGUCUUUCCACUUCAUAUAUCUAUAAUUUCGGCGAAAUUGCAAAGCGUUGGUGGUAUCUUCAGUAAACCACCAGAUGUGUACGUUGAGUUAUCAGUCGAUCGUUCGCCGUCAAAGAAAACGGCUGUAAAGAAGAAGACAAGUACACCACAGUGGGAUGAGCAAUUGCAGGUGCAAGUGAAUGAAUCAUCUCUGCUCGAUUUUCGUGUUUUCAAUAAAUCGAAAGUCUUCGAGGAUUCACUGAUCGGACAAAAAACGUUAAAGCUAUCAAAUGCAAUCAGAAAAGAAUCAGAUGGCGGGAAAUUUGAAAACACGAAGAUAACGCUACAGUUGACUUCACCGAAAGAUUCAGCAGUGAAAUCUGGCGAACUCAAAAUAGCUCUUACAGGCUAUAUCGAGCGAACGCGGAAAAAAAGUGCAGGGUUUUGUACCGAAGAAAUUGAUUCUCAUAGUGUUGAUGACGUUUGGCCGAAUGGUUUACUUUCUGUAACUUAA